CUUGUUUCUUUUUCCUUUUUUUUCCUUAAUAGUUUCCUGUUCUUCCUCGUUAUAAUUUCAUUAUUCUUUUUCAAAUUUUAUUUGAUUCAGCAGUUUAUUGAGAUGGAUUUACAUAUAGUGAUUGCGAUAAUAACAUCAAGGGGAGAAAGUAAAUGCCCAACAAAGGGGGUGGUGGCGCAGUUGGCUAGCGCGUAGGUCUCAUAGCUAAAUUUGAGUUAUCCUGAGUGUGACUUUCCGAAGAAUUAUAAAGAGAAAAUCGACUGAGGUAUUCUCAGGGAUUCCCUACAACAUGACCAUGCUCAACUGUCUCUUAUCUGCUUGGUAUGGCCUUCCAUUCAUUUCACCGGAUAACCUACUUGUAUCAACAAUCAAUGGCACGGGUGCCCUUAUAGAGGCAAUAUACGUGCUGAUAUUUCUCAUAUUUGCACCGAAGAAGGUUAGGGAAAAGAUUAUAGGACUCCUUGCCCUGGUGACCUCUAUAUUCACUUUGGUUGCCCUCAUCUCGACGCUUGCUCUUCAUGGUCAGGCGAGGAAGCUCUUCUGCGGCAUCGCAGCUGCAAUCUUCUCCAUAUGCAUGUAUGCCUCUCCGUUGUCUAUCAUGAGACUUGUGAUCAAAACAAAAAGUGUCGAGUACAUGCCAUUUCUUCUCUCGCUAUUUGUGUUCCUAUGUGGAACAUCAUGGUUCAUCUAUGGGCUUCUCGGUCAUGAUCCAUUUGUCACGGUGCCUAAUGGCUGCGGAAGCGUGCUUGGAGCAAUGCAGCUGAUCUUAUAUGCAAUAUACAGGAAAAACAACGGAAAAGCGGCUACUAACUGUCACAGUAAUGGAGACUCUUUGAAGAUGAAUGAUGUGAAACCUGCGCAAAUCUACGAGCUAAAUGGCGAACAAGUAUAGACGGUGAUUCAAGCAUAUCCUCCAGCUUUACAUUUUCUCUACAACUCUCAAAUGUUUCCGCUUUCUCUUCCUCAUUUUGUCAUCUACCCCUUCGAAUCUUGGAUGGGAAUUGGAGAGUGAUAGGAAAAUUAAGUGACUCCAUGGAUCCUGCAUUUUCUGUGGAAUGGAAUAUGAAUAAAGGGAAAGAGAGUUGUUCGGUAAAGGUCCUCCUCUUAGCACAAAUCAACUUUUGAAUGAAUUUCUCAUUCUGUU